AUUAUUAGGAAUUUAUAUUAAUUUUCUCAUAUAAUUUAUUAAUUAUUUGAUUAAAAACAAUCUGUACCAUGGCAACAGACUUAAGUGCUAGCUUUAACGAGCAAUACAUCAGCAUCAACACAAAACUUAAGAAGAGGUUUCUCCGUAAACCGAAUAUCUCUGAGGCAACUAACGAGUUCAUAGCUCUAGCGAUACAAUGCGAGCAUUCGGAACAGCCUUCAUUUGCUGGUCAGACAUAUAUUGGUGCUGCAAAAUGUGAGGCUUCUGCUGGUAACUUUCUUGGAGAGGCAGAACAACAUUUGGCUGCUGCUAGACAGUUUAUGAAGGCGGAGAAAAAACUAGCCUCUUUAAAGUUUGAUAGUCCAGAUAGAGAGAAUCUAGAGGCUGCAAUUGGCUGUUACAUGUGGGCACUAGUCAAGUACCCAGAAAAGUCACCACUCCGAACAUCCAUUUUACUAGAACUUGCAGAUGGCCUGGUUGAUUUGAACUAUAAGCAUGAGGCUUUGGUGUAUUAUGAGGAGGCAGCGGACACCAUAGAGGAUAAGACCAUGAAGCUGAUGUGUAUGAGGAAUAUGUUUAACUUGUUGUUAGACUGUGGUAAAUAUGACCAAGCUCUGGAGACGGCCAAUCAAAUCUGUGAUUCCAAUUUUCAUAUACCGGAAGGAAUUUUGACAGAAAUACAAGUGAGCCGAGUAUUGUUGGUGCUCCUUGUCAAACCAGAUGAGGACACCAAAUCAGAUUCUCUGAAACAACUGCUGGAAAACCUACUCAAUGAUGAAGAAAGUCACACGAUCCCCUUUAACACGGACUUGCGGCUGAAGCUUCAAUCGAUCAUCAUAUCACACGGUGCGAUGGACCAACAGUCCCUCAUCAGUGUAGCAGCAGACACCAAGAAACACCUGACCAUGCGGCAAAAAGAUUUGCUUGAAACACUCAUUCUGGAAAAUAAACCAGAGUAAAAAAGUUCUAAUAUGAAGGGUAUAAGACCAGAGCUAAAAAUGGAUAGUUAGAUAAAGUAUCUUACAAGUACUGUAUUAAAAAAAAUAUUUAUUGAAACAUAGUUUUUAAUUCAGCUAAAAUUAAAAAAAAAAAUCUAGGGGUUAUUGUCACAUUAAAUAUAUUAAAGUCACAGUAAAUAUAAAAAAUAUAUUUAAAACAGCCCACCACGAAUGGGGCCCCAAAGCUAUUAUUGUAAAAUUGAUGUUGGGGGUACCAGCUUUGGGGCCUUGUUGGUGCGUUCAUCGUGAGUGCUGUUUCAAACGUUUUGUCGUAGUUUUCAUACUGCUUUCACAUAUUUGCUGUCUUAUUUUUGUAAACCUUGUAAUAUUAUAUACCUAAGAGUCAGUUCAGACAGAACCAUCCUGAAGCGCAUUUAUGCUCUCAGUGUGAACUGGGACUAGAGAAGGCCUAGGGAGGAUUUUCCAUUCUGUCAGAACCAUAUGGUAAUAAACUUUUGUUAAAAUAAGAUUGUAGCAGUAUGUACUCCUUGCAAAAUCCGCCCAUAUUAGUUAAAUGCCUUUUUACAUGGGCAAAUCGGACAUAAUGCUGAAGCAUUUGCUUCACAUCACAAUUUUUUUUUGACAUGAACUUUUGUAGCACAAAUUAAAUGAAUAUUGUUAUUGUUUGAGAAUCUCCUUAAUUAUGUGGGAAAAGCAUUCCAAACCUUAAAAAAGGACUUCAAUUUCUUUUAGCUUUUAAACUCGUGUAUGUAUACAUGUCAAUUUAUUUGCACUAAGAUUCUGCAUGAUUUUAUUAAAUAAAUGUUAAAAAAUAAAACAAUAUUACUUUU